AGAAAACACGUCUUCUUCUCUCAACGAACCGACCCGUCGUCGCUUUUCCUCGAGCGCAAAAACGGCGCCGGUGAACUCCGGGUCAGCACACUGCCCCUAACUCUCAUCUCUCCGACGCCCAACUCGGGAGCUCCAGUAGCUUCUCAGCUCAUCGUCCUCAUCCUCGCAAGUUCAAGGUCGCGACGCAUUCCGAUCUUCACUCGAAGCAGAGGCCGAGAAUCAGCCAUGGAAGAAGCUCAGCCAACCAACGGUGCUUCCGUAGCCGCGGACGCCGAAGAGGACCAGAUUAUUGGACCCGGUCCGGCCCCUCCAGCCCGGCGGAAGCGCCCUCUCCAGUUCGAGCAGGCUUACCUCGACGCCCUCCCCUCUGCCAACAUGUACGAAAAGAGCUAUAUGCACCGAGAUGUGGUGACUCAUGUUGCAGUGUCAGCUGCAGAUUUCUUUAUAACUGGGAGUGCUGAUGGACACCUAAAAUUCUGGAAGAAAAAGGCCAUUGGAAUUGAGUUUGCAAAGCACUUUAGAUCACAUCUUGGACCUAUCGAAGGAUUAGCUGUUAGUAUUGAUGGGAUGCUUUGCUGUACUAUCUCGAAUGAUCGUUCGGUGAAGAUUUAUGAUGUAGUCAACUAUGACAUGAUGGUCAUGAUUCGUCUACCAUAUGUUCCUGGAGCUGUGGAAUGGGUAUACAAACAAGGGGAGGUUAAAGCUAAGAUUGCCAUAAGUGAUCGUGAUUCUUCUUUCGUACGUAUAUAUGAUGCUCGUGCUGGUACAAAUGAACCCUUGUGUUCUAGAGAGAUACACAUGGGUGCAGUAAAAAUUAUGAGGUACAACCAUGCAUUUGACACAGUGAUAUCUGCUGAUUCAAGAGGCAUCAUUGAGUACUGGAAACCCGAUACACUGACUUUUCCAGAGGAUGAGGUGAAUUUUACAUUAAAGAGUGAUACUAAUCUAUUUGAAAUUGCGAAAUGUAAAACGAGCAUUUCGGCUAUUGAGGUGAGCCCAGAUGGGAAGCAAUUCUCUGUUACAUCACCUGAUCGUAGGAUCAGAGUUUUUUGGUUCAAGUCUGGUAAGCUGAGACGAGUUUAUGAUGAGUCUCUUGAGGUUGCCCAAGAUCUACAGAGAAGCAAUGUCCCUCUAUAUCAGCUGGAAGCUAUUGAUUUUGGGAGAAGGAUGGCUGUUGAGAAAGAAAUUGAGAAAACAGAAAAUGUACCACAACCAAAUGCAGUCUUUGAUGAAAGUUCCAACUUUAUUUUGUAUGCAACACUACUUGGGAUAAAGGUGGUUAAUUUACAUACCAAUAAAGUUGCCAGAAUACUUGGAAAAGUUGAGAACAAUGACAGAUUCUUGAGAAUUGCCCUGUAUCAAGGGGACAGAAGCAGCAAAAAAGUUAGAAAAAUCCCUGCUGCUGCUGCAAAUGCAAAUGAGAACAAGGAACCACUAAUGGAUCCUACGCUUUUAUGCUGCGCAUUUAAGAAACAUAGAAUCUAUUUAUUCAGUCGGAGAGAACCUGAGGAACCUGAAGACGCAACAAAGGGGAGGGAUGUGUUCAAUGAGAAGCCUCCUCCUGAUGAGCUUCUGGCUGUAUCUGAUAUAGGAAAAUCAGUUACUACUUCACUUCCCGACAAUGUGAUUCUUCAUACGACAAUGGGCGACAUUCAUAUGCGGCUGUACCCAGAGGAGUGUCCAAAAACUGUGGAGAACUUUACUACUCACUGCAGAAACGGCUACUAUGAUAAUCUCAUCUUUCAUCGGGUCAUUAAAGGCUUCAUGAUACAGACAGGUGACCCUUUGGGAGAUGGAACUGGAGGACAAUCAAUUUGGGGAAGGGAGUUUGAGGAUGAAUUCCACAAAAGUUUGAGGCAUGACAGGCCUUUCACAGUGUCAAUGGCAAAUGCAGGCCCCAACACCAAUGGUUCUCAGUUUUUUAUCACCACAGUGGCUACACCGUGGUUAGAUAACAAGCACACUGUUUUUGGUAGAGUUGUCAAGGGAAUGGAUGUUGUACAGGGGAUAGAGAAGGUGAAGGUGGACAGGGCUGACAAACCAUACCAAGAUGUGAAAAUCUUAAAUGUGACUGUCCCAAAGUCUUGAAUAUAGUUGAUUUAUCAGUGGAAUUAUGGGGAUUGGACAGUUCUCUCCUCCGACAUGAUAUCCGGCGGAACCCUCGGAUUCCCUCUGGCCCUUGUUGUCUGAAGUUGAUUUUGAGAGGAAACAGUGGACGAAUGAAAUCGUCGGAGAUGAAGGAA